UGCUGCCCAGGUCGUGGAUGUAAAAGCCUCUCUCCUCCCCGACACAGUCGCUCUCCCCAGCCUGCCCGCGGUACUGGAUCACAGCGUGGUACCUAGAGAUGGAUGGGUGCUCCAGAGACACGUCACACACUGUUACUCAUUAUGAUGCGUUACUGGGGAGAGAUUCCCGGACCUGCAGGGGCGCCUCCUAUCCGCAGUUCCUUUGACCUGCUUCAGCGUGAGUUUCGUUCUGUGGAGAUACAGGACCCUCCUCUGCAUCAGCCCUCAGCCCAGCGCCCACGUCCUACAACAAUGCUGGACAUCCCAUCAGAGCCAUGUAGCCUCACCAUCCACACAGUGCAACUUUGUCAGCAUGCGCGGCGAAUGCGUAGCCUCUUGGCAGCAGCUCAAGCCCAGGGUCAGGGUCAGGGUCAAAGCUCAACAUCUACAGAAGGUGGUACCAGGACAGAGGAGGCUGAUACCAGCCUCCCUCUACGCCCUCCGACGCUACCCAUCAUGCCAGAUGACCUGCUCCCUGUGGACAGCAAGGCUCCAAAACAACCCUUCCAACUCCAUCACAGUGACCCAGAAAGUGACUUUUAUAAGGGUAAAGGUGAGCCUGUGACAGAGCUGAGUUGGACUUCCUGUAGGCAGCUCCUUUACCAGUCAGUGGCCACUGUCCUGGCCCACGCUGGCUUUGAGUUUGCUCAGGAGAGUGUUCUAGAGACUCUUACUGACCUGGUCCACGAGCACUACCAGCGCAUCGCUCGCCUUCUGCGCGUGGCUGUGGACCGUGAGGCUUUGCUCGGGGCAAGUCCCUUCCCAGAUGUUGUUGAACAAGUGUUCCAUGAAGUUGGUAUUGGCAGCGUGCUGGCCCUGCAGCGCUUUUGGCAAGUGAGGAUCAAAGAUUAUCACAGUUAUAUGCUGCAGGUCAGCAGGGACCUGUCAGAUGAGUAUGAACAACUUGUGAACCCGGAUAAAGGUCUGGAAGAUUCCAAGCCUGUGAGGAUUAAGGAGGAGCCCAUAAGUGACAUCUCCUUUCCUGUCAGCGAAGAGCCUGAAGCUGACCUGGCCCCUGGAGACCAGGCUCUGCCUAUCGGGGUUCUUGGGAGCCACGGAGAAAGACUGACUUCAGGUCUGGAUAGUGAACAUUCUCCACAAACUUCAGGUGGUGGUGCCGGGGGAAGCCACUCCCCUCUUUGGCCACAGGUCAAAAUGGAACCUCAGGAGGUGGAGGAGGGCCAGGGCUCAGGACACCAUCACCACAAUGUCCUGGGUGGGGAUGUGUUUGAGGAAGGGGGACCCAUGUCCACUAUGAGCGAAUCUGGAGUCGCAAUGGCCCCUUCACCUGGAGGAGCAGCAUCAGACGGCAGCUACGCCUCACAUUCACCCGACUCCUUGAUGGGCUCUUCACCUGUCUUCAAUCAGAGGCCAAAGAAACGUGCAAGGAAGAUGUGAUAGAUCUUUUUGGUCUUUUCGUGUUUGUUUAUUAUUAUUAAAAUGAAAAUCUUGUAAAAACAAUUUCUAUAAUAUUUAGGUUAUAAAAGUAUUUACAGCAAACCUUAAAA